AUGCUGACAAAGGCUUUGAUACUUUCGCUUGCGGUUACGGCCUGCUUAGCCGAUGAAAUAGUGCGACCAUGUGCCUUGACGGACCUGGCUUGCAUUAGGCGCAAUCUUGCUAUAAACUCGCGCUGCAACCCAAACGUGCUGGGGCGUGUCCCAGCUGAGUACAGCGUGCAGCUGUUGAAGUUUUACGCACCAUAUUUCAACUCCAGCUACGAAGACUAUAACCUUAUAGUCAGAAACCAUAAUAGAUGCAGAGUUUCCGAGUUUUUUUUCAAUCUGUCAAGUGAAACAGUCUUGCUGGGGCUAGACUGUCCCCAACUGGAAUUUGAAUCGAACCGCACUGUGAUCCAGCACGCUACGUUUAAGGAAGACAAAUACUUUAGUUACAGAUAUAAAGGAAAUUAUCCAUUGGUUCGCUUGACCACAAACCUGCGCUAUGACAAUGAGCUGAAUUUGUGUAAGUCCUUCACUUUUGCUGAUGUCACCGCCCUGCCAGCUUUUCUUAUCAGUCCAAAUGAUCCGAGGACAGAAAAUUACCUCUCCAGAGACCUCACGGAACUUAACAUUUUUGAAAGGGAAACUUUCUUCUGGCGCGCAUCGUUAUUAGCUAGGUAUUUUAUCAAUUUAAUUCUUUGUGACUUUGGAUGUAACUAUUAA